AGAAACAAGAAACAAGAAACAAGAACAGAAACAACGAAGAAGUCGGGCGUCGGACCCUCAGACCGAGUUCGAGCUCUUCUUCUGACUCGGCUCGUAUUCGUGUUCUCGGACGACGGCGUUGGGUAAGGGCCCGUGUUCGUAUUCCUAUAAACAUCAUACAUUAUAAAAUCAUUAUAAACAAUAGAAUCAUAUAUUCUCUUAUUGUUUAGUUACUGUAAAGUAAUAGCGACUGCGAGGGUGGAGGCAGCGAUGCCCGCUGAUAUGCUCACGAUCUCGAAGCAGCCGAUCGACAAGGCUGAUUACAAGGGAUUUCUAGGAUCGUGUACAUCAAUCAAAAACUUCCAGAAACUGAACCAACUCGGCGAAGGAACUUACGGCGUCGUCCAUCGCGCAGUAGACCGCCGAACAAAGUCGAUAGUCGCGCUCAAAGCAGUCCGCAUCUUCGCCGACGGCAAGCGCGACGGCAUACCCAACACCGCGCUCCGGGAGAUCUCGCUGCUAAAGUCGCUGCGGCAUCAGAAUAUCAUCGGCGUGCUCGAUGUCGCGGUCGCGGAUAGGCAGUUGGAUGAGAUUUAUAUGGUGAUGGAGUUUGCUCAGCAUGAUCUUGCGGAUUUGAUUGACUACUCGGGAGCAAAGUUCACCGUCAGCGAAGUCAAAUGCAUAAUGAAGCAAUUACUGGAAGGACUCGAAUACAUCCACUCCCAAGAUAUAAUCCACCGCGACAUUAAAAUGUCAAAUCUCCUCCUAACCUCCUCCGGGAUCUUGAAAAUCGCUAACACGCCCAGCCGACUUUGGCCUCGCCCGCUCCUUCAUCGACCGCCCACUCACCCCCGCCGUCGUCACAAUCUGGUACCGCUCCCCGAACUCCUCUUCGGCGCAAAAUCAUACACCUCCGCCGUCGACCUCUGGUCCGCCGGCUGCAUAAUGGGCGAACUGAUCCUCCGCGCGCCCCUCCUCCCCGGCUCGACCGAGCGCGAACAAGUCGACAAGAUAAUCGCCCUACUCGGCCCGCCCAACGACCGCAUCUGGCCUGGUUUCCGCGCACUCCCUCUCGCGCGCAUGUUCAGACUCACGAGCUUACGACCGAACUCGCUCAACAGCGCGCUCAAGGGCCAAUCUUCCGCCACGAUCGACUUUGUCAACGAGCUUUUGGUGUACGACCCCGAGAAACGCAUCACCGCCCGCGAAGCGCUCGAGCAUGAGUAUUUCCGCGAACGCCCGCUCGCGCUCGAUCCGGGGCUUUUACCUACAUUCCCGCCUACCAAGCAGGUCUCGGACAAGAUCAAGAGCGCAGAGGAUCGUGCGUUGCUUGAGCGCGAGUCGUCUGCGGCGGCGGAUGAGGUCGUGAUCAAGCAGACGCAGGGGAUAAGCCGGGGAUCGUACGGUUUCGAAUUUGACGAGGAGGAUUUAUCUACUGAGAGUCGCCAGCAUAAGCGAGCUAGACGGUGA